AUUAAUAAUCACUCUCUCACUCCUCCACUCUCACUCUCUCUCACUUCGCUUCCACCAUUCUCUUCUUCUCCCUCUCGAAUCCACCUACACUGCGCUCAAUAAUCAAUGGCUGCUUUCCUGCUCAUCACUCUCCUCCUCUCCAUCGCCGCCCACUCCAGCGCGUUGUGGUGCGUGUGCAAGGAUGGAUUAACCGAUCCACAGCUGCAGAAGGCGCUAGACUACGCAUGCGGAGCCGGCGCGGAUUGCAACCCGAUCCAUCAAAACGGGCCCUGCUUCCAACCCAACACCGUCAAGGCUCACUGCAGCUACGCCGCCAACAGCUAUUUCCAGAGAAACCGCCAACAAUCCACCGCCUGCGACUUCGCCGGCGCCGCCACCGUCACCUCCUCCGAUCCUAGCAUUUCUGGGUGUUCGUAUCCUGCAACUGCAAGUGCUUCCACCACCCCCACAACGGGGACUACGACUCCGGUCUCCGGGACGACGGGUAGCACCCCGGGCAUGACGAACCCCAACACUGGCGGACUAGGAAACCCCGUUCUAGGCCCGUCAGGGAUAAACCCCAAUACUGACUUGAGUGAUGCAGGGAUCCGGCUCUCAAACGCCGUCUUCCUCUGCUUCUCGGUGUUCCUCGCCUUCUCAGCACUCGUUUUCUGGUGAGCUUGAACACGGCGGCAAUGGUGCUCGGACAAGUUGCUUCAAGAUUAAUGUCGAUGGAUGAAGAAAUGAUGGGUUUUGAGGCAGCUAAUGGUUUUUGUUCCUCUCUCUCUGUCUCUACUCCACGGUGUAAAAACAUGAUGGGAUGCUCAAUUCUUUUUUUGAGUUUGUAGUUUUUGGUGGUUGCUUGAUCUCUCUCUAUAAAUAGGACAAGUACUAUUUGCA